GUCAAUUGAUUAUCAUAACAAACAUGGCGGAUUACUGCACAGAUGCGUAAAAAUUUGUUGCAGUUUUGCCACGUAAUUCUGAAAUUAUACAUUAAGGCUUAAAUGCAGACCACCUGAUACAUCUAAAACAUUUAUUCAAAGACUGAAGAAUAAGUAGAGUUAGCCAUGUCGACACAUGGAUAUUCUGGAAGCCAGUAUGACAGGUUUGUUGAGCGUCGAGAGACGUCAACCCUUCACAAGUUCAAGGAGACAUUCUGGACAACGAAACAAGCAGUUAUACAGAAACUUGGCAAGAAAGAAGAUGAACAUGUGGUCGCCUCAGACUCAGAGUUGGAUUCCAAACUUGAAGUGUUCAAGGCAAUACAGAGGUCAUGUAUGGAAUUGUUGAGGGCUAUAGAAAAAUAUCAGGAUCGCCUCUGUGCUUUAUCGAUGGAGGAAAAUGCCACUGGCAGGUUUUUAAAGUCAAAUAGUGGACAGGAUAAAACUAGAGCUGGUAAAAUGAUGGCUGCAGUUGGAAAAUCACAAAGUUUUGCAGCUCAACAAAGAUAUAUUUUACAUACAUUUCAGGAAUUACAAGAGCCGUCACAGAAGCUUGCGGAUAAUACACGGGAGCCCGCAGAACGAGACAUGGGAGAUGAUUUUGAUCCAGAAAACAGUGAUAACGAGGUGUCAGAACAUUUGGAAGAUUUUGAUGGUUACCUUGACGAUGAUACAAAUGAUAGACUGAUAACACUUGACGAGGAGACCGAGGAGGAGAAAGCAGAAGAAAAUUCUAGUCUACACAAUCUAUAUACUGAUAAACAAGGAACAGUUUCUCCGGAAGAUAGCAAAAAAGGGGAGGGAACUUCAGAGCCUUUCUUGGAUUUUGCUGAGGAAGUUACUGAAUCUAUUAAAGAUCUGGAUAUAAAUGGAAAGAUACCAUCUUUAGAGAAAAAGCCCAUUCCUAAAAAUGUACCUAAAGAUCUGAUGUCAGAUGAUUUGCUUGUUGACGACACAGAGAAAGAUGAUAUGACCAUACUGAAUGAAAUAUUAAAUGCUCCGUCUGCCGCAGGGGAGGACGAUUUCUCACGAGAAUGGCAGGCUGUGUUUGGCCACACCCCUCUUGGAACGGGAGCAUCUCUGACACCUGGUGAGACCGAUCAGUCCCAGAAUCCCUCGGGUUUUAUGCCGUCUGACUUAUUAGAUCUGAAUCAACAGAUGAGUGAUAUGAAUUCUUCAGCUGACAAAUCUCAGUCUGGUCUCAGUCCUUCAAGUGCACCAGAGUCUACACAAGCAACAAAAACUGAGAACCAGUCAAAACAAAUGGGAGCAAGACCUAAAACUACCAAAAAGGGACAGAAAUCAGAUAUGUCAGCCUGGUUUAACUUGUUUGCCGACCUUGACCCCUUAGCUGACCCCGAUGCCGUUAGUAAAUCAGCGGAACAGACAAACGAGUCCUGUAUGGGAUAAAUAUCUAUAAAUAGAAUGAUGGAAUUUUCACUGCUUUGUGGGAUAUAAAAGAGUUCUACAUACUGGUUCUUUAUACUGUACAAAUUGUGUUAUGGAAGUUGAAGAAAUUUU